GCGACCCGCCCCGUCCAGUCUGGCCCGGGUGCUGAAGGAACCGAGCCCUCGUCGCCUCCACCCACACAGCCCGUCCUGGUGCCGGGUGCUCUGCCCUGGUCCAGUCAUGACUCUGCGCCUCCAACUCCUGCCGUGCCGGCUGCUGCUGCUGCUGCUCAGCGGGGCGGUGUGCCGGGCUCAGGCUGGGUUCGAAACCGAAAGUCCGGUCCGGACCCUCCAAGUGGAGACCCUGGUGCAGCCCCCUGAGCCGUGUACGGAAUCCGCUGCCUUUGGAGACACGCUCCACAUACACUACACGGGCAGCUUGGUAGAUGGACGGAUUAUUGAUACUUCUCUGACCAGAGAUCCUCUGGUUAUAGAACUUGGCCAAAAGCAGGUGAUUCCAGGUCUGGAGCAGAGCCUUCUAGACAUGUGUGUGGGAGAGAAGCGAAGGGCAGUCAUUCCUUCUCACUUGGCCUAUGGAAAACGAGGACAUCCACCAUCUAUUCCAGCGGAUGCAGUGGUGCAGUAUGAUGUGGAGCUGAUUGCACUGAUCCGAGCCAACUACUGGCAAAAGCUGGUGAAGGGCAUUUUGCCUCUGGUAGGCAUGGCUAUGGUGCCAGGCCUCCUGGGCCUCAUUGGGUAUCACCUUUACAAAAAGGCUAGCAGACCCAAAGUCUCCAAAAAGAAGCUCAAAGAAGAAAAACGAAACAAGAGUAAAAAGAAAUAAUAAAUAAUAGUAAUUCUUAACAAAA